UCCCUCCCCGCCCCCAGCAGCUCGCUCGGCUUUCCUGCGCCAGCAGCGGUGUGUCACCGAAGCUGGGCUGCUGCCGGAGAGACCCGGAGUCAGGGCGAAAACCCAACCAGUUAACCCAAACUGGCAUCGCAGCGGGGCUGAGGGGCUGCCCCGGCGAGUGUUAAACCUGAAUAACGGUUAGGUUGGAUCCCACGCCUCUCUCUGUCACCACCGCCCGUCCUCCUGAUGUCGGACUUCAAGCUCGGGAUCGUACGGCUCGGCCGUGUGGCCGGGAAGACAAAAUACACAUUGAUUGAUGAGCAGGACAUACCGCUUGUGGAAAACUAUGCCUUUGAGGCGCGCAUGGAGGUAGAUGCGGAUGGCAAUGGAGCUAAGAUCUUUGCCUAUGCUUUUGACAUUGGCAAAGGCCGCUGGGCAGGAAGGCCAUUACAUGAGCUGCUCUGGGAGAAGCACAGAGGAGGCAUCGCACCUAGUUUUCAAGUCAUCCACAUUAACUCUGUGACAGUGGACAACCGGCUAGACAACCUGCGACUGGUGCCAGUGGGCUGGAGCCCCAAACCGGAGGAGAUCUCUAGCAAGCAAAGAGAGCAGUCUCUGUACUGGCUGGCCAUCCAGCAGGUGCCAGCUGACCCUGUGGAGGAGCAGUAUUUGGAGCUGAGCCGCACACGCUACUACAACGCUAACGGGGAGCUGGUGGAGGAAGAGGAGUGCUCCUGCACCUACUAUGAGUGUCAUUACCCUCCUUGUUCACUCAUUGAGAGGAGGCUGCGGGAGUUCAACAUCUGCGGCCGCUGCCAGGUGGCGCGUUACUGCGGCUCCCAGUGCCAGCAGAGGGACUGGCCCGCCCACAAGAAGCAGUGUCGCGAACGCAAGCGGGUGCUGGCCCUGGAGUCAGAGCCCGAACGAUGAUCAGCCUCCAUCCUCGCCUGGGAGAGGAUGAGGGAGAAUUGGGGGGAACAGGGUUUGACUUGUGGGAGGGGAGCGGGGAUGAAGCGCAAAACAGAGGGAAAAUUGCUGACGAGAGACUAACGACUGAGGACAAUGUUGGUUGCUUGAUUGUUUGAUGGAUUCAGGGGGGAAGAGAAGAUGGAGGAGGGGGAAGAAGAAUAAAGCAAAAAGACAUCUGCCACUUCCCAGAACUGGUAGUUCUCCAUAGCUUGCUUUUCAUGUGGAUGACGGGGAAAGGUAUUAUUCUUUUUUUUUUUUUUCUUUUUCUUUUUUUUUUUGUUUGUUUGUUUGUUUGUUUUAUGUCUUUCUCGAGGAGGGAGACCCUCGAGCUCUACCUGCUGCUAUGGUUUUGUAUGUGAGGGGGGGAAAAGUAGUCUUGUUGAUGAACUGGACAAGCUUCUUUGGACCACGGUCGGAACGCGGGACAGUCGUCGUCAUCCACUUUUGUUCCUCCACCCAGCCACUGGGUGUGGUGACGUCUGUGCAAACGGGGGACCCAGGGGCUACAGUACCCGUCGUUCAGCUGGUACAAUGGGACAUGGACCUUUUCACUGUAUCGCUCCCUUCUCUGACCUCUCUGGUGCGCACGGCUGCCGUCUUCACGGUCAUCGAGACCUUAGCCCCGCCUCCCUGUCUGUUGUACUCACCACGCAGCCAACCACGACACACAUCAGAUAGAUUUCACUGAUUGAAUCACACUACCAGUAUUGAGUGUGGGUGUGUGUGUGUGUGUGUGUGUGUGUGCGUGCGCGUAUGUGUGUAUGCUUGUGUACGUAUGUGUGUGUGCUGCCAAUAUACUGAAGGACAAUGAAAUGGUCGACAUAGGUUAUGGGCCGGACUAAUGUACGUCUGUUGUCUUCUUAAAGGGGCCAUAUUACACAAUUUUAAAUUUCAUAUUUAAUCAUUAACUGGUGGGUUAAAAUAUUUUCACUGUUCUAUAAUAAAGUAGCUGCCAAAUAAAGGCUGUAAUUUUUUCUAGAGGUUUUCUUGACCCAUUUUUUUUUUUUUUUAAAUCAGUUUGAUUGGACUUGUUUUGGUGUUAAGGAUGUGGUACAAAGUUUUUAAAUGCCCUAAAUAACUGGAUUUAUUACAGUAAAAUCUGCAUUUUCAAGGUUCUCCAGUUACUGUUUAAAAAGCCGGUCCUGGUGUUACUUGGUACUUUGUCGGACCUUUUCCAUGAUUACAAAAUUUCAAAAAACUGCUCACUUGUGAUCACAAAAUGGUUAUCUCAUGUUCUCAAGACGAAGUAUCCCUGUCAAAAGUUGUCAGAUGAUGACACAGAAACAAAAGUGGAAGAAAUAAUCUUUACCAAAGUCUGUUAUCAUCAUCUGUGGUUUGGCAUUUAUUAUCAUCUGGUAUGAAUCCCUCCAGUCAGUCUUACUUUGCUGGUUUUUAAACACACACCUGUCUGUCUUCAACGGUAUUUUUACAUCUGCAGGGUUAUGGUAUGCGUGUGUGUGGGUCGGGGUGGGGGUGGGGGGGAGUACUCGAUUUCUCAUGUGAGAGUUUGCUCUAAGGGUUAUUUUUUUGAAGAAAUUCUAUCAAUGGAGCUAUAUUUAUUUAAAACAUUUGAUUGUGAAACAUGUAUUUUGUCCUGGUGAUAUUUGAAGGCAAACAUAAUGACAAGUGGACAAUGUGGGGACCUUUUAUGUCGCAUCUUUUUUUUUGUUUUGUUUUUUUGGACGGGGAGAGGGACUGAACAUUUUAUCCCCGUUACUUCUUUCCUGAUCCUGAAUGAACGAAUAAAUGAGUCCUCCUCGUUGUCGCCCCUCCAGAUUUUCCACUAAAACACUGCACACCAUUAUUGUCACUAAAAUCUUCCACGUGAGAGACGUCUUGGAGUGUAAAACUUGAAUUCCUCCCCCUUAAACGUUUUAUUUUGGAGAGUGGUUUUAUGAACAGAACUAUUUCCUGCUAUUUUUUUUUUCCUUUCUAGGACAUGGAAGUCCAAGCAAAAUUGUUCUGUGUCAGAUUUAUCCUCAAUCGCCUGCCUUCCUUGUAUUACCUACAAUGCACACCUGCUUAAAACAUGUCCUUUUGUGUCUUAGGUGAGGAGUCCAGACACUUAAAUUCGCAUGUAAAUUCACAGAUAUACAUGCGACUUGUUGAUUGUUUCUUUUGUAUGUGUGUGUGUGUGUGUGUGUGUGUGUGGGUGAACAGGUUUUCAGCACUGCACUAAGAUUUGGCUCCCAUGUUAGCGUUAUUUGUCAUAGAUGGGUUGAAGGGAGGGGUGUGAUUUGGACAGAGUGUACAGAUUGUGUCUGAAAUCUUUUUGUUUUGUAAGAAUAUAAGCAUUAAUCACCUAGAAAUAAAGAGCUACAAUAUGUGAAUGGAAGAACAGUUGGGGAUAACUGACAGUUGCUUUUCCAAUGUAAAAUGAUAAUAAAUAAAAUGAACCUCA